GUCUCCAUCUUUCCUGCAUACCUGGAAGCUUCAAAAUCCCCAACUUCGUUGCUGAUGGUCGCUAUGGGAAGAGGGUCCCCGGAGACUGGCUGUCAUCCAGGCGACUCAUAUUUCAAGUUGUAACCUGUUUCCUGCAUUGUUGCUGACAUCUGGGGAAUCCAUGUCAGAAGUACUUCCAGCCGACUCCGGUACAGACCCUUUGGCGGUGUUUAUGGCCAGCAGCGGAUCCACAGACGUCUCUAAUCGAAACAGCCCGGCCACCCCUCCAAACACACUGAACCUCCGUUCCUCCCACAAUGAACUAUUGAACGCUGAAAUCAAGCACCCCGAUGGCAAGAACAACACCCCGCCCAAGUGCAGGAAAAAAUAUGCACUGACGAAUAUCCAGGCAGCCAUGGGUCUUUCCGACCCUGCAGCCCAGCCCUUGCUGGGCAGUGGGUCGGCCAACAUCAAACUGGUGAAGAAUGGGGAGAACCAACUUCGAAAGGCAGCCGAACAAGGGCAGCAGGACCCCAACAAAAACGUCAGCCCCAUGGCCACUGUCAUCCAUUUAACCUCCGAGAAGUUCGAGAGCAAAGAGGCACCACCUCUAGAGUCCUCGGACUGUGACCAGGCACAGCCAAGGAGAACCAAAAGCUUUCUCAACUACUAUGCAGAUCUGGAGACCUCGGCCCGAGAGUUCGAGCACCACCUGGGCAACCACCAGGAGGUGCUAGACGAGAAGGCCCCCGAGGACCAGGGCCCUGUGCCCACCAUUCUGGGAAAUGGAGACUUGCUACUACAGAAACCCAGCCAAGCCCAGGGUAGCCCCGAGGAUGGCCAGAUUGCCACGGUGUCAUCCAGUCCCGAGACCAAGAAGGAUCAUCCCAAGACAGGAGCCAAAACCGACUGUGCACUGCACCGGAUCCAGAACCUGGCACCUAGUGAUGAGGAGUCCAGUUGGACCACCCUGUCCCAAGACAGUGCCUCCCCUAGUUCACCGGAUGAAACAGCAGAUAUAUGGGCUGAUCACACUUUUCAGACGGACCCAGAUUUGCCGCCUGGCUGGAAAAGAAUCAAUGAUAUCGCUGGAACCUAUUACUGGCACAUACCUACAGGAACCACCCAGUGGGAGCGCCCUGUCUCUGUCCCUGAGGAGCCACAGUCCUCUCAAAAUGGGUCAUUCAGUUCAGUCACCCCAUCUCCCACCCCAGAGAACGAGAAACAGCCAUGGAGUGAUUUUGCUGUUCUGAGUGGGGGAAAGAUUAAUAGUGACAUUUGGAAGGACUUGCAUGCCGCCACUGUGAACCCAGACCCUAGCUUAAAAGAAUUUGAAGGAGCCACAUUACGCUAUGCAUCUCUGAAACUCAGAAAUGUCCCUUCUGCAGAUGAUGAUGAUUCUGGCAGCAUCAAUAGUGACCCAGAGACCAAGUGUUUUGCUGUGCGCUCCCUGGGAUGGGUAGAGAUGGCCGAGGUGGACCUGGCUCCGGGGAAAAGCAGUGUCGCUGUCAACAACUGCAUCCGGCAACUCUCCUACUGCAAAAAUGACAUCCGGGACACGGUCGGCAUUUGGGGCGAGGGCAAGGACAUGUACCUCAUACUGGAGAACGACAUGCUCAGCCUUGUGGAUCCCAUGGACCGCUCGGUGCUCCACUCACAGCCCAUCGUGAGCAUCCGCGUGUGGGGUGUGGGCCGUGACAACGGCCGAGAUUUUGCCUACGUGGCGAGAGACAAAGAUACAAGGAUUUUGAAAUGUCAUGUGUUUCGAUGUGACACUCCUGCCAAAGCCAUUGCCACGAGUCUCCACGAAAUCUGCUCCAAGAUUAUGGCAGAGCGGAAGAAUGCCAAAGAGAUGGCCAGUGGCGUUGUGCGGAAGAGGUGCGGCCUGGACGUGCCUUUGCAAGUAGAUUUUCCAACACCAAAGACCGAGCUGGUUCAGAAGUUCCACGUGCAGUACCUGGGCAUGUUACCUGUAGACAAACCAGUCGGGAUGGACACUCUAAACAAUGCCAUAGAGAGUCUCCUGAACUCUUCUGACAAAGAGGAGUGGCCGUCUGUGAACAUGAACGUUGCUGAUGCGACCGUGACGGUCAUCAGUGAGAAGAGUGAAGAGGAAGUGUUGGUGGAGUGCCGCGUGCGGUUCCUGUCCUUCAUGGGCGUUGGGAAGGACGCACACACCUUCGCCUUCAUCAUGGACACGGGGAACCAGCGCUUUGAGUGCCACGUCUUCUGGUGUGAGCCCAACGCCGGCAACGUAUCGGAGGCAGUGCAGGCUGCCUGCAUGCUGCGGUACCAGAAGUGCCUGGUGGCCAGGCCACCAUCGCAGAAAGUCCGCCCCCCUCCACCGCCUGCUGACUCUGUGACCAGAAGAGUCACAACCAAUGUGAAACGUGGGGUCCUGUCCCUCAUUGACACUUUGAAACAGAAACGCCCCGUCCCAGAGACACCCUAGCUACUGGUGAUGGAGGUUUCCAGUGACACUCGCUGAAGGUUGGUCCGCAACACAGGAGAAGCUGAACUCUGCUUUGACCUUCCUAUCUUGGCCAGUGUCUUCAGAGAAUUUCUCCUUCUCCGGAUCAGUGUUGGGACAAGCAUGUUCUCUCGUCUUGCCACUGUUGCAAGGAGCAUGACUACUUUCAUUGCCGGUGAUAUUGUGAACAGUUGGGAGGUUGCUUACUGUAAAUAUCGUGAACACAAAUUUCACAGGCCCAGGCUGAGGGGUGAAACAAGAGGGUGCACCUCCUACCUGAGAGCUGAAGCCAAACCCUCACAGUGUCCCUGACCUCUGAGGGGCUCUGUCACAAGCAAGUCCAAGCCCUACUGCACCUUGCCCCACUUCCAAUACUACAGUCAGACAGCAUACACCAGAUAUGCCAGUGAAUUGUUGUGGGGGAGAAAAAAUAGAAUGACCAAUUUGUCCAAGUGUUUCUGAAAAUGGAACCUUUGGGUGAACAGAAUCAGCCAUUGGUAUCAGGAUGGAAACCAACUAGCUGCUCUCCGUGAGGUGCUCACAACACAGGGAUGCUGUUUCAUACUGCAGCUGUUUGUGGGACAUUGAUGCAAGUGUGACUUCAAAACAGAAAUGUAGACUAAAUUUGAGGGACUUUAAAACUGAAUACACACAGAAAAAAAAAUAAGCCUUUUGAGAGGAUUUUCAAGUGGACAGUUAAUGAGAGAUAUUUGCAACGAUAAUAGUGCAUCUCCGAUGGGACAUAUUUCAAACUUCUGCCUUAUACUGUACAACGCAGCUAGAGAAUUAACACUGCACAUGGCCAUUCUCCACACAAACAA